AUGGGUUCCCGAAAACUCACUCUUUUACUGGCAUUUUUGUUGCAGAUUGUUUCGCUAGUGGCUGCAGGAGCCACUUCUUACGCUUCCAUCAAGACAGAGAAAUACCAAGAUUCAAAUUCUGUGAGUGAUCUUAUAUCCCAGGCAACUGAGAAUGAUCCUAUAGUGGUUUUCCGUUUCUCAAGAUACCCACUUUUGGAAGCAUUGUUACCUUACGAAGGCCGUGUGCCAUACUUGACCAGCUUCUUCGAGACUGAUAUGACCAAGUCAUACCCAAAGGAGGUCUCUACUGAUAUUAUGGAGAAUAAGGAUGAAAUCGAGACUUUUGAGAUCGAUGAAUUAACGCUUACUGCAUCACAAUUGUUGUACAACAAGCCUAUCGAGGGAAAAUCAGUCGUUGUUUUCAACUUCCAGGACUCUUAUUACGAUCUACCCAUUUUGGAUGAAUUUAUGGAAUCUGCUUACCUUUUGCUACAUAAUUCCUUUUCCCGUGUGGAGAACAUUGUGUUGUCUGUGGCAGAUGCUACCGCUUCUGACCGUUUCUCUACAGCUGGUAAGACAAAGAAAGCUCAUGUUUCACAGGAACCUAAAAAGCCAGCAAAUGAUGACGACAAGGACAUCUUAAGUACCAUUUGGACCGAGGGCCUCAUCAUGUGCUUGAUUGUGUCUUUACUACUACUGGGAAUCUUGAUCGUUGCCAUCUCAUGGAUGAGCAGUGUUGAUAUCAGUUACGGUGCAUUGGAGAAAUCCGCAAACCCAUUAAAGAAAACCAAAUAG